CAAAGACAGGCGACUACAUCGAUGACCACCAUGGAUCCCUUGCCUUGGUAGCCAGAUGAGCCCAUCGAACACCAAUGUCAUGUAACAACAAGUCGCAUACCGGCCCAGUGGCCGUUCGUCGCAUGAGAUGAACCGACGAAUGUCCUGCAGCUGCUCGUCCCAGGAUCUCUUCGGACUUGUUCUAUUGCCUCGGAAUGCCUCUUUGCAAAUUUCGUUCGCUACCAUCAUCGCCCGGCAUCCUGUGUAUCUAUCACGGUCUUGUCCGUUCAAGCGUCAGACAUAUUCCGUUCAUCGAAUUAGUCCGAUUACGCAUUUUGGGAGACUUCUCCCAUAUGGCCUAGCUACCUUACAUUACACGCUCGAUCAAUUGCCUCUACUGUGUACUUCGUACGCUUACCUUGCCGGACUGUUCAUCCAGUCGUCGUAUUCAGUAUCUCGACGCCAGUGUUCUCUUAUGUUUCCCCGGGCCUUUGACGGGAAGACUUAUGAGGAGAGUUCGUCUGCAUUACUAAUGCAAGUGCUCACAACCUGGACCUCCACCCCACCGGCCCCGGCCCGGCCUCAUUCGUCCGUUGAUCCAAGUCGAGGGUUCCUAAUGCAUGCAGAGGGAAGCAUACAUGCCCAUGGGGCCAUCCCCAGCAGUCGUGGCAUGCUCUGGCUAGUCGGUGGCCGGGUCAAUAUGUAUUGAACCCACACUCUCUUCUCUGACAGCAAUCUGACCUACAUACGCUCCUCUUCUCCAAUACGCCACGGUCCUCAUUGCGAUUUCCUGGAAAGUGAUGGUUAGAAUCGACCAGAUUGCAUCGUUUGGCCUGAACCUGUCGUAACAGGAAUCGUUCAUUUGACUUAGUAGUU